ACGAAAACUCAACAAAAGAAAGCCGUGUCCAAGAGUUGUGUUCUAACAGACACCCCGGCAGCGAACACAACAUACCAACCAGCUAACUAACCCUAGUUAUUUAAUUUCUCACCUACAUCUAUCAAAAUAAGUAUCACAGGUAGUGUCAUUUAUUUCGCCAGCACUUCCUGGGAUUCUAAAGUAAAUCAAAGGCUCUUGUCAAUAGAGAAUGAAGCGCACCAAUGCCAGGAGGGUGAAAGAAACGUACUUCUAUGGGGAACACAAGACCAUAGACGCAAUGCGAGAUCGGGAGGAUCUUCCUUGUUGUUUCAGCAUCAUAAAUAACUUUCCCCAGCUCCCAGAAAUAGAGUUUCAUAUUUCCAAAGUAGUACAUGUCACCACUAAGUCUGGCUUGGAAGGAAUCUUGAAAUCAGGGGGGUUUCAGGGAUUUAAGGGGGGGUUUCAUGGACAUGAUCCACAUCUCCUAUGGUGGGGUUUGGCUAUUGAAGAUGCGGACAUCCAAAUUGCAGAGGACCGAUUCCUGGAAAAGAAAGCCUUGCAGAAGAGCAUGCAGGAACCCUUCCUAACCAAAUUCACUACCUCACCAGCAUUCCAGAUGGACAAAUCUCGUUAUGGGAACUUUAAGUUUACUUUCAGUCUGGGGGACAUGUUGCAGAUGUACAGGGAGCAGAUUUGUGGUGGAGAUGGGCCGGUAAUGAGAGUUUAUGGGACUACUGUUUACAAACAAGAGAUCAUGUACACUGUGAUUGUCCACAGCCCCAGUGUGACGGAGUUUGACCAGUACCCAGAUCUUAACGAAUGUGGGAAUGAUGCUGUUUGUAUAUUUAACAACAACAACAUUGUUUGGCGGGCACAAGCAUUGUCAGAAACUCAUUAUUUUAAGCCUGUAACUCACGACGAAAGGCCAGACAUUAUAGAAGCAGAGGAGAUUGUUCAUUUGCAAGGAAGGGCAGUUGUCUGGGACCAUGUGAACGUGGCGUUUCAUGUGCCACAAGGCCAAACACUGAGACUAGACAAGAAGAGCCUUAUCCAAAACCUCACUGCCUGUGAGGCUGCUGACCCAUUCAUUGGGCGGUGGUGUGCAAACAAAUACCUAAGACGUCCAUGCACGUGUUGUCCUUGUACCCUCCAAGAGGCCCAAAGUAUAGUUGCGCAGUUAAAAGUAGAGUAAAGACAGGAACAAACAAGUUAAAUCAGUCAGAUCAUUUACCGUAAAAUGAUAUACUUUGUACUAUGAGUCAACAAAUGAAAUCAAUCAAAAUACAGUGUAGAUGUUUUAUUCAAUUCAAUCUUGCAUUUUCCAUUUAACCUCCUUCUGAUACAAUGUGUUUUUGAUUCAACCUUGGAACUAAUUAGUUGUUACAUAUUGACAGACAUGACGAGCAUGGUUUAAUCAGCUGAAAAUCAUGUGUCUUAUCGAUGUUAAAGUAGACAUUUAUAGCCAUUAUAAAAGCUAAUAAUCCUUUACUGAGCUGAGCCCUUCUCUGGAUAUCAUGUACAGUGUUUGUAUAUUGCUGCUUUAUUGCUGCUGUAUGAGCACCAACCAGGAGGUCAGACAUGAAGCAUACAAUGUACUUUACUGCACGCCCACAGAUGGUCACUAGGUUGUGGUUUAUUCUCAUUAUUCAGCACAAGUUCUUUUGGUACCACUAGGGUGCAACAAAGCUCCAAAUACGUUUAUACAAGACACAUUGAAUGAUCUAUCUUCAAGUUACCACAAUGUCUAUUUCCUUUACAUAGACAUUCACCACCUUUCCAUCUUGAUUCCUACUCAGCCCUUUCAGCUAGUCACCUUUGAAGAGGUCUGUCCUUAAACCACUGAUCGGUUAACAAUAAGAUAAUGAUGACUUUAUUACUUUUAUUCUGUUUGUAAUGUUCUGAAUAUAAUAAACAAUGUUUGAUCUAUACCUUGCUAUAUUAAGUUGAUGAGCACAUAACCCUUGGUUAUGUCCAGGAGAGAAAUAUGCCUAUCUAUUAAUUAUGUUUUUUUGUAUCAUUGAUAAACUGUCAUUAUGCUGUUUUCUUAUGCCUGCAUAGCCAUAAGUUAGUUCUUUGUAAGGUGUGACUAGGAAAGGCCUGUGUCACUAAUGUAAGUCAGAGGUCACAAUAUUGCCAAAGUGUAUAAUGCCAUGCAACUUUGAAUGAGGAAAAUAGAAGGAACAUCAAGGCCAUUUCUAGGAGCCCUAUCUAAAGACCUAAACAAAAGCUAUCUAGAACACAGUCCUUUUUCAGUGCCUGUGAAUGCUAUGCUAAUCAUUUUGUAUCCUCUCAUAUUGUGAUACCAUAUACUCCCUUGAUUUGCUGUAUUCAUGGUGCAGUCCUCUGAGAUGCUCAACUUGAGUGUAUCAGACAGCUGCACCUUACAGAUCUGUAAUAAAUACGUUGAUUUUGUCUUGAA